CUAGAGUUUUCCCUAAACCCACCCCAGCUCGAGGUUCUAGCUUUCGCUCUGCUUUCUGUACUUGCUACUGACCAGAAUUGACGCCCGCCGUGAGGAAGGCUGAAGGUGUCCCCUGCGGACUCCCCCAGACCCAAGCAUGUUUGGAGUGAUCCAGAAAGAGGAACGUUUUAAUGAAGUAUUUUUAAAUUACUUCAAGGAAAAUAAAAUAGAAAUUGCCCAUGCAAUUACCAAGCUGUUUCCUUUCCUAGAAAGCCUAAGGGACCACUCCUUCAUCACAGACAAAAUCUAUGCUGAUUCCUACGAAGCCUGUAGGAACUCGGUUCCCAUAACGAAAGUGGUGUACAAUGUUCUCAGUCACCUGGAGAGGUUGUCGGACUCAUCGUUUCUAUGGGCUCUGUUUAACAGCGUGAACCUGAAGGAAUAUCCUGCGUUAAGAGAGAUUCAUAAAAGCCUGGGAACUGAGCUACAGGACGGAUCCUCGCCCCAGAAACGCAAACAGGAAGAACAGAAGCUUGCCACCGUGCACCCAAGUUAUGAGCAAGGGACAAACCUAUGCACACAUGAAAAAUGGUCACAGCCCUGUUUUGUGAAACAAGAUAACCUACAGGAGCCAGAGAUACAGCAGAACCAAAUGGAUGAGAUCAUUGUGAUCAGCAGUGAGAGCUCAGAGUGCAGUGAUGAGGACGAGGAAGACCAAGCCCUGGGCACUGGGACUCAGAAGGCAGAUGGACAAAGAGACUGAGGACUCUGCCCCCCCCCCCCCCCCCCCCGCCCCGGCGUUCCAGAACAUAGAGCUUCCUGCAGGAUUUCACACCUCCUGUGUCUGGGCCAACCACUCUUGGAGGACAUCAAGGAGUCCAGGGGCUCAGUCUCUGCACCUUAUGUUUUCUGACACUUAGGAAGAUGAGGAGAGUGUAUCAAGGUCCCAGACCUUAGCACAGCUGGAAGAGCCAAUCAGGCUGUAAAACUUAGUAUGUGGGCAGCACCAUCUGCCAAAAUGAAAACAAAGACCCAAUCUCCCAUAGUUCUGGGAAAGUCUCUAAAUACACUAACCUUGCUUUCUUUUUGGCUUCUGUAGUUCUGCUUCCGGCUAACUGUCCUUGUUAACUAAGUAUGUCAACUCAAAAUAUAGUUUUUGUGCUUAAUAGUUCACCCUUAGAAAGGGUUGGGGCUGCUCUGGGAUCCUGAACACCCAGCAUAGUCCCUGGAUGGCUAAGGAAGACUUUCUAUCAGUUUAAAUCCAUGUCCCAGCAGCCUUUCUGGUGGAUAGUCUCUCUGACCCACAACAGAGAGGGCAGGAAAUAUUCUGAAGCAUAAUAAAAAAUAUAUAUUAUAUUUGGCCUUUAUCCCCAUUUCUUUGCACGUGUAUGUGUGUGUGUAAUUUAAUAUACAUUAUAUAGCUGUAUAUAUAAGAGGAUGAGACAGGAUAUCAGCCUGGGCUACAAAGCGAUAUUACUGCGAGUCUCUGUCUGGAUCAGACAUUUCCAGGUCAUGCUGUUCAAAGAAUUAAAGGAGCAAAACCAGUACAAUAUAAAGAAACAAAGCAGAAAAUAUAGAAUAGAUACACUACAAGGGAACAUUGGACCUGGAGCAAGCAUGUUUUCCAUAGCAUCUGACCUACUGCCCAGGGCUUUCUCAUGUGGGCAAAGGAGAAGUUGGCUAUGGCCAAUUAAGGUCGCUGGAAGCUACAGGUCAGCAUAGCCAGUUAGUAUGUUAACUGUAGGUGAUGUAGGUGAUGUAGGUGAGAAUCCCAGGUUGUUGAGCGAGUCGUUGGGAGAGGGCUGUUCACAUGUAACUCAAUGCAAGCGGAGUCCCUAGUUGCUAAUUGAUCCCUCGAUUGCCUUUCUCAGUAAGACCCCGUCUCAAAACAACACAAACCAAACAAAAGCAAUAAAAUAAAACAAAAGAGUUUGCUUUCCAAAUCU